AUGCUCCUACCCUGCCUUCUUUGUGAUUUACAAAUGGAUCGGGAACAAACGGGUGAUAUUGUGACGUCAGGUUUCCAAACAAAUCCCGAACUUCACGAACAUCUGAUAGAAUGUCAUGCGAAAUUUGUGGCUCGCGCCUUACUCGCUCCUAAUAUCACCAACAAAACCCAUUUCUGGCUCCUUACCAAUAUCACUUAUCAAAAUGAGAUUGUGAACGAAGGCUUUCUUCACGACACUUUUGCAGAAGCAACAUUGAAAUCCACAAAACAAUCAUCUGUAAUCCAAGAUAAUGAUGAUGAUGAUGAGGCUUGCCUGAAUUUACGAAAACGGAAAUCUUCAGAAUGCGACGAUCCUCAAGAAAUUGAUCUUCAGCCAAUAAUAAAGCGAUCUACAAGUUUUAAUUCAAUAUCUCUUCCAAAUGAUUCGAAAGCUGUUCGAAAAUCAAAUUGUCAAGUUUGUCACGUGGACGUGUGUACAACAGCACGUCAACGCCACGUUUAUCAAUUUCAUCUUCGAAUUUCCAAUCUUUUUCAAUGUUCAGAUUGUGAUUAUACAAAUAAUAAUUCAGUUUGGGAAAUGCGUAAACACUGUACUGCAAUUCAUCAAGGCAAUGCAUAUCCUAUCAGUAACGAGGGAGCUCAUAAGAAUGAAAUACAGAAUUGGAAUCAACAAUGUUUUCCAGAUUGGAAACUGAAGAAAUCAUCUUUGUCAAAGCAAGAAAUAUUGGAGCAAAAUAAAAUUGCUCCGGAAGAUAAAAAUUUAAAAACAGCUAGCUGUGGAAGUGUUACAACAAAUACAUCUUGUGAUGAAAUAAGCAAUUCUGAUAUGGGCAAUGAUAAUCAAUGCGUGAUGAGACAGUCAGUUGUUGCAGCUGUUGUGGAUGAUCGAACGUGUCAUCUUUGUUGGGAAGAGUCUCGUUAUCCGGGACGUCAUAUAGCUCAGAAACAUUUGAAGAAAUCACUUUAUCAGUGUCCGAUCUGUCAAGAUUUUGGAAGUUACGAAAGUUGUACCGUUACUAAACAUAUCAACAAAAUUCAUCCGGAACAUUGCGAUGCUAUUCCCAUUUCUAAUUUGGAUCGAUAUGCUCAAGAAAUUCGCGAUUUACAGAAGAAAUGUUUCCCAAAUCGACCAAUGAAGCUCGUUCGGCCUCAUAUCGGUAAUCGCCCACGAGAGCGUCACAUUUGCCAAAUUUGUAAAAUACAGGUGGCGCAAUCGGAUCGUCAACGGCAUGUGUAUCACCGCCAUUUAAAGCAACAACGUAUUUUCGAAUGUCCACUUUGUUCGUUUGCAUCAAAUUACGAUAUACAUCGUGUGAAAUGGCACAUUAAAUGGAUGCAUAAAGAUAAUCCAAACAGAGAGCCUUAUUCUCAUGAAAGUGAUUACAAAGAAGAAAUUGAUCGAUUAAACGAACGAUGUUUUCCGGGUUGGCAACAUCGCCGGAAGCAAUUUUGGUGGUUGGAUGGUGAAGAAAGUGAUAAGCAAAAUCUGAAGAAAAAUGUGGCAGCAGAUGUUGGUGAGGAAGGAAAAAAAUCAACAGAAGAAAUCAUUGAUAAAUCACCUGUAAUUAAGGAAGAAUUUCGUGAAAAAUUGAAUGAAUGGACAUGCAUGCUUUGUAAAAAAGAAUUCAAACCUUCAUCUAAUUUUUUGCGUCAUGUAGCGAAGGAUCAUCUCAAAAUUUUCCUCUAUCAGUGUCCGAUAUGCAAAGGUCAUAGAGGGCAAGAUGCUUAUGAAAUACGAUCACAUAUGCAAAAAUUACACGGUGGAUGUAUGCAAGAACCGAUAUCAAAUAUCGAAGAGUAUGCAGAUGAAAUACAAAAAAUGUACCAGCAAUGUUUUCCGGGAAGAAGACUUAAAAAUUUAUGGUCAGAGAAGAAAGCGAACCAAAAUGGGAAGAUUAGCGAAGGACUUAAAGUUCAGUGUCGCGAAUGUGGUCAAGAAAUGAAAACUGAAGAUCGACAGAUUCAUGUGUACAGACAUCAUCUGAAGGAACCACGUCUUUAUCAAUGUCCACUUUGUGAAUUCUCUCAUCACGCCUGUUCAUCGGACGUUAAAGCACAUAUUAAAUAUGCGCAUCGUGACAAUGCCGAUUUAGCACCAAUAGCAAAUUUGUUGAAAUUUUCAAAAGAAAUAGCAGUAUGGAAUUUGCGUUGCUUUCCGGGUUGGAUUAAUCGUCGUUUGCCUGCUUCUGCACUGGAAAAUUUUAAUAGAUGCCGAGUUUGUGAUGUGGAAGUACGUCAAACUUCACGUCAUAUUGCUGAAGUUCAUUUGAAAAUGUCACUUCAUCAGUGUCCUCUUUGUGAUUAUGGCGCUGCUGAAAGCCGCCUUGUUCGAAGACAUAUGAAAAAUGGACACAGAAGAAAAGAUGUUAAAGGUCUCGAACCAAUAGCUAAUGUGGUUGAGCAUCGGGCAGCUUUUUCGGAAAUGCAUGAUCGUUGUUUUCCGGGACGACCAAAACGUUUAUCGAAUAUUACAAUUUCUGAUGAAGGACGAAGAGCGAAAUGCCGUCAGUGUGGCGCUACAAUUAGUAAGAAGAGGCGAUUGAUUCAUUUACUGGAAAAACAUCUUAAAAAAGCUAUUUUCAGAUGUUCACAGUGUUCGUUCGAAUCAUUUCACGAUGAGAGUGCUGUAAUUACUCAUAUUCAACAGGAACAUAGCGCACAAAACGGUUUUAGGGAAGACAGUAAUGUUUUAAUAUGUGGAAAAUUGGUAAAUGAGAAAGAUGAGAAGAGAGGAGAUAAUGGAGGCGGUGCACGGAGUUUUGAUAAAUCCUCCGGGCAAACUAAUCGUUUAUCCCUCCAGAUGGUUACCAGAAGACGGUCUAAUAGGCGUAAGGGUGAUAAUCCGGAGGAAGCAUUACAACAACGUGUCGCAGCUAAUCGUCGUGAGCGACAACGAACCAAAGAAUUAAACGAUGCAUUCGCUAUUUUGCGACGAAUUGUUCCAUCGUUACCAUCUGAUAAAAUGAGUAAAAUUCAUACAUUACGCAUUGCUACAGAUUAUAUUCGCUUUUUAGAUCAGAUGAAUGGUGAUGGAUGUCGAUUAUUUGGAUGCGAAAUGCAACUUUGUGACGGUAAUUUGCAAACAACAUUUAAUAUGUGGAGAGGUGGAAUGGCUUCCUUACCUCAUUAUUACUCAAACGAUACAUCAUCAGUGCAAACUUUCAUCAAGACAGAAGAAGAAGAAAAUGGUUGGUUUAAUGAAAGUACCGAAGCAACUCCAUCCGUAAUCGGAACUACAACAGGAGCGGUAAGCAUGCCAACAAUAACAACAAAUGUGGAACAAAGAAAUUUGAUGUAA